UAAACAUUGUUGUUUUGAAGAUCAAUGCAUUUCCGCGAUUCGUAACCUGCGUUUGUUUAUUUCAAAUUCAAUUUGUAACUGUUUCAACGGUGAAACUAGUGAAGUUAAAAGCGGGCGCGAAUUAAAUACUCUUUAGAAUCCUUCUGACAUUUGUUCUAAACGGACGGUGACCGUGAAUGCAUCCAACUGCAUCUUGAAUUCAGAUUUUCUUUGUUGGAGGACCAAGUGAACAACAAUGGAGGUUGAAAACAAAUCUACUGAAAUCCGCUGCCAAGAGAUGUCGAAGGGUGGGCUAGCGUACGAGGUGAUCCUGGCGGAACCCGUGGGACUUCCGGCGCCCCGCCGCGCUGACUCCCCCGAGAAGACGCCGUCCGUUGAGGAGAUCCAGGAAAAACUGAAGGCAGCCGAGGAGAGGAGACGUAGUCUUGAGGCUAGUAGAAUGGCGGCCAUUGCGCAGAAAAUGCAGAAAAUUGAGGAGGCGUCGCGCAUCCGAAGCGAGCAGACCAACAACUUCAUCGUGGCGACAAAGGAGGCGCUCGAUGCCAAGAUGGACUCCCACGAGGAGAAGCGUGAGGCGUACAUCAAUGAGCUGCGUGCGCGUCUGAAGGACCAUCUUGAAGGCGUCGAAAAGACCAGGUUGACCCUGGAGCAGCAGACGUCUGAAGUAUACAAGGCGAUCGAGGACAAAAUGAACACAGCGGCCGACAAACGUGACGAGAACAUCAAGAAGAUGCUGGAGCGCCUCCGAGAACACGAGGAGCAAGUACGCAAAGUGCGAGCGGGCAACCAGGAGAAGUUCUUACAGCUGGAGAGCUCGAUCCAGGAUAAGUUGCAGCAGGCAGCCGACCGCCGCCUGCAGCUGGAGGCCGAGCAGAGGGAGAAGUUGCGCAACCACAACAAUAAGCUCCUGGAGGUGAGAUCCACGUUGUCGGCCAAGGUGGAGGAGAUCACGACGAGCAUUGAGACCAAGCUCACAGCCGCGGAGCAAAAAAGGGAAAAGGAAAUACAAAAGAAGUUGGACUUUGUUAAGAAAGAGGAGCGACGCGCAGAGAUGGUGCGACAGAACAAGAGCGCACGCGCCGAGAGUGAGGCGCCAACCUCCGGCUAGACCCCACCCCCCGCACGCGCCGGCCGCGCCGCACGCUCCGCCGAACACUAGCGAACGCGCCCGAGCACGCCCGAACACUAGCGAACACGACUACACCGAGGAAGGAGCCUAUGGACUACUGUCAAAUAGAUAAUAAAACAAGUAAAAAUACACACCUUAAAAACGUUUAGAAACCCCGAAGAUUUGUUUGUGAAAAUGGGUAAAAUACACAUAUUCACAAACAAAUUUCAGAAUACAUCAAUAAAAUUGUUGGAACAAGACGAAACAGUGCGAAGGGAAGCGAUGUGAGAUAUGUUUGGGAAUGAGGAUGGAAAUUUUCGUAGUUGUACUAAAAUGUCGAUAUAACCAACCAUUUUCAGAUGAAUUGAAAAUAAGCUUACUCAGUCUCAGUUUUUUAUGUGCAUAAAGAAAUCUAUAGGUCUCCUUGUCUAUGUCCCACUACGCACAGUCGCCAUGCCAUAAACAAUGAUCGAGCGUAAAUAAAGCGAGUGUUUUUACCUAUACGGCGGCGUGUGUAUGUUGGGACGACCGAUGAGAACGAAUGAAUAUUCGUGGCAUCAGUAAUAACCAAUGUUAUUUUUUCGUGGCGCAUCGAUGAUGACUGACAUAAAACAAUAAACAACAAAGUUGAUGAGUCUUUGCAGUACUAAUUACCUGUGUUGUGUAGUGUCAACAGUGAUUACCAAUGUUGUUGCGACGUGGCAUACUUACUGACAUAUAGUUAGAUCAUGGCAACGGUGAUUGUUAUCGAUGGUGUUGUGAUUACCCGUGUGAAUUUUGAUAUGUCGUGGUAAUAAUAUUGAGAAAUGAUUUGCUCUAGAAAUGACUUCAGAUAAAACACGUAGUCUUUUACUAUAGGCAACUAAUCGUGGAGGAGUUUUUAUUGAAAGAACAAAAGAACAGCAUUUAAGUAUUGCCAAUAGCUGAUAUUUUGCAAUGUGUAGGGUCAUAGUUUUAGGAUUUUGCGGAUCGUCUAUAACAUUGCGGCGGUUUAAGUUCGGCUGUACCAUGUGCGGCGCAGGUUGACAGGGGGUGUUGUGACGCCAAAUAAAAAACACCGAUGAUACAAAAAUAUCAACAUCUUUAAAUAAAGAAUUAGGUAACGCUUAUGUCAGUGUUACAUGUCGCGUUUGGGUUUUGUGAGAAAGAAGAUAUAUCCCCCUCAAGCUUGAAAAUAAUUACGAAAUCUACAUUUAUUAUUUUUUUUCACUUGAAUUAAUGGCAACAUCGCUAAAAGUCACACAUCAUGGCCUAUUAUUAGUUGAAAAGAGAUGAAAUGAAAUUGGUCUCAGAUAUGGUGUUGCGAAUUCCGACUUUUAGUAAAUAUACUAAGAGUUAGAUUAGAGGUCGUUUGAGGCUUGGGGGUUCCGCGCUGCAUAUUAAUAAUUAAAAUUAAAACUGCUGAACUAACAUUUCCAACAUGGCGGGACCCCAUUUGAAGUGUAUUUUUUUACUACGGGAGGGAAGGUUAAAGGAAUUAAUUAUUCCUAAUCGUUAGUUAUAGUCUAAUAUCAUUAUUUUUAAUGUUUAACAUAACGCAACAGUAUUUUAGGGAAGUAUAAUCUAAAUUUAAGUUCUCUCAUAGUAUCAUCACACGCUAUAGACUGUCAGUACAUAAAUUUUAAAUGUUUUCUUUUCAAUAUUUCGAUAGAAUAGGUUCUUUACGAGUCGAUUGUGGUUGCUUCGGUAUUGUUCAGUCGAUGGAUGCUUUGCUCGGUUUUUAGCAAGCUUAGCACUACAAAUACCUGGUCUUCAGUGACCACUAAUUACCAUUUUGUCGUGGCCACAAAUAUUACCAAUGUUGUAGUAUCGUAACCAUGAUUACUAACAGGGUUCUAUCAUGGCAAGAUUGAUAACUAAUGUUGUUACGUCGUGGCAAUGAUAAACCACUGUUGUUUAAAAUAGCAACAGUAUUUUUAUGGUGGCAACAAUGAUUACCAACGUUGUUGUAAUAUGACCGUUUUGAUUACUGAAGUGUUUUUGUCGUGGUUGAAACUAAACGGAUGGUAAGACGCAGGCGACGCAACACAGUAUAGUACAGAAUGGCAGUCGAUGGCAACUAUUAAAACGUAUCGUAAAACUGGGCUGAAAAAUGGCUGGGUCCCGUAUCGCAGCGUAUGCAGAUCCUUGAUUAUAGGAUUACAAACUCUAUCUAAGCUUUUGUGCUUCGGAAACCUGCGUCUAAGCCAACGCUUAGCUUCAUGCUUUUAUGCGGCUAAUAGACUAAUUUUCCGUAUGAUUGCUCUAGUUAUGAUACUAGAGCAAUCAUAAAGAUUGGGGCACUUAAUUAAAAUCAAUUAAAAGACUUAAGUACAUAAAGGUGUUGUGGUGCUAAAGCCAUGCAUUUGCCUAAGGUCAGAUCUAGUCCACGUUUAAAUUUUAAGUCGUACACGUCACUUAUUAUGAUCUCAAAAGCAACACACAACAAUAGUUAGGUCGGUAGCAAAAGUGCCUCGAAGUUCGUGUAUCGCGCAUGGACAAUAUCACUAAAUGUAUGUAACGUAUAAAACUGCCUUUAUAGCGUUUUAUAUUUUUUUAAACGUAGGAAAAUGAUGGCCGUUUCUGACUAGGACCGAACCGCCGGCGUACGACGCAUAGCUUUGCAUUCAAUUGUGAACUUUAGACCUUGUAUUGUAGAUACACUAUUCAAAAACAACUUGUGGUCGUCCAACAACUAUAGAAAUUUAUCCCUGUAUUAAGAAUGAUUUAAGAAUAACUUUGGAUUCACUUUUAAUUAUUUUUUUAUAAAACAUCAUUAAAAUUCUCUGAAGAACGUAACAUUGCUGCAGGCAACUUAGGGAGUCAUCUUUGAAUGUCGAGCUGUGUGUUUUGCGCUAACAGUUCGGCUUUGGUCAGCGUUGGCUGUGGGGCACCGGGCCGCGGGAUGGUGUUGGACACAAACUGCUUCUGUGAUGUUUCGCUGUAGUGAUAUCGUAUCGAUUAUUCAGUUAGGCACAAAUUGUAUCGAUACGUACUUACGUAGCAUAGCUUAGCGAGUGUACAGUUUACAAACGCAAUGUUAACCAUAGACAAAGAAUCGCAAUAAAAUGGCGUCGCUUCUGUUUUCCUCUUGUUCAUCAGCGAUAGUGCGUGCGAGAGGCGAAUAAAGGAAACGCAAACAGUAUUGUGACUGUUUUAGAUUACACUCUUGUCAUUUCAUUUGGAGUGAAAUAUUUAAAUAAAAAUAAACAUUUAAAAAAACAUUACUUUAAUUUUAUGGGUGGCGGUACAAGCAGAACACAGUGCGUUUAUCAUGUAUGAACGUUUCCCAACUGUACGAUUGCUAAGCUGUGAUAAUAGUUAAUUCGAGUAAAAAAAUCUCUCGCAUAUACUGCGGUUCAAAUUAUAAUACAAUUCUAGCGGGUUAAUAAUCAAAAUCGAUUAUCAUCCUGCGAAAGUGUUUUAUUCUAAUUUUGUAAUCGAUUCCAAUUAAAUCUUUUAGAAUCGCGGAAUUGCGGGUCUUUUUAGGUUGGCUAGUGGAUUUGUAAGAGGAGUUUUAAGGUAAUGGAUUGGUUAGACGAGUGGUGGUAAAGUAAUUCUCAAUUUUUAUAGUACAUUCUUUUCGUAAAAUCGAUUAAAAUUAAUAAUGUCAGUCUGUUUUGUCGUCGACGAUAUGAUAUUAUGAUAAUAAUUGUAUAUACUCAAUGCCUUUUUAACGUAUCAAAGAUAUCUUGGCACGUUUUGCAUUGUAAAUAUAUAUAGGUAUCGUACACUGUAGUUUCUUAUCGAUUUUCUAAAGAAUCUACAAACACAUUCGAUUCGUCAGUCGAUUUCGAAGUGUCAAUAAACAUAACCGUCAUUCGAUACGCAAUGCAGUAAUGCAGACCUAUUUUAAACGUGUAGAAUGCGCCGAGAGAUGCUUGUAUGUUAAAAAGGCGUAAAUAUUUAAGAGAUAGCAUCUAGCUUGGCGGGGCGACUGGCGAGCUUGCCUGCUUCACUAUGUUACUAACGCUACAUAAGGGAAAAUAGUUGUAAGUUACUAGCUUGUUACUAUAGCGGUGAAGACGUGAAAACCUCUGACCAAUUUGCCUUGGAUAUUGUAGUAUUGUGUAGCAAAGAUCGAGACAAAUCAUGUAUAGCGACGCCAAUUUUUUUCUUUUCGAGCCUCGUUAUGUAACUUUUUUGGAUAACAAAAUCAUUUCAGUAAAUGUUAAGAACUUGUCUUACCAUUAGGUGAGAUUGCAGUCAAUGGCUCAAUUUUAGUGAGAAAAAGGGGUCUUGGGAAAACUCAGCUAACUACUAAGAACUAAAGAUUACAGUUUCUGGCACACCUUCUCGACCUAUUUAAUAGUUGGAAGCUUGGGCUGUGACUAGUUACCUUAGAAAUCUGUUAGGAGUAUGGGAUUAAUAUAAACUGCCAUACUACCAGGUUGAAUUGUUGCCAUCUUAGACUGCAUCAAUGAACAAGAAAUAGUCCCAAUAACAUACUAAAACAGCGGUUAAUAGAAUCUUAAUACGGAGAGUGCGGAGAAAUUUAAUAUCAAUUGCAAAACUAAAUAAGUUCUCUCAAAAAGAUACAUUCUGGUCUCGAGAUAAUAUUAUUACCUAUUACUAACGUUUUAAUUUUAUUUUAUGUUCUUUUAUUUUAAUAAUGUUAGUCACUCUUUGUCUUCUACGGUGUUAAGAUGUACGUUAAUUUUAUGUUUGUGUAUCUAUUACAUUAUCAAUUAAUAUUAAUAUGAAAUUGCUGUUUGAAGUGCAGGCAACUUUUGUAGUUUCAUUGUCGUAUUGAAUAAAGUCAUAAAUACUAAUAA